AUUAAUUGUAUUUAGAAAUUUAACAGCUGCCGUAAAAAAAAAAAAACAAAAAAAAAAUAUAAAAAAAAAAUCAGACUAUGUCCGCCUCACGUCGUUUAAGUCGCGAACUAAGCGAUAUUCUGGCUGCCAAGUCGAAAGUCCUGCGCAAUAUCGAAGCAUCGGAUGAGUCCUUGCUGCUGUGGACGGGGCUGUUGGUCCCAGAGAAGGCGCCCUACAAUAAGGGCGCCUUUCGCAUUGAAGUUAGCUUCCCAGCACAGUAUCCCUUUAUGCCCCCGAAGAUACUCUUUAAGACCCAAAUCUAUCAUCCCAAUGUCGAUGAGAAGGGUCAGGUGUGCCUGUCAAUUAUAACAGUCGACAACUGGAAGCCCACAACGCGCACUGAGCAGGUGUUCCAGGCUCUCAUUGACAUUGUGCACAACCCCCAGCCGGAGCAUCCAUUGCGCUCUGAUUUAGCCGAGGAGUUUGUCAAAGAGCACAAAAAGUUUAUGAAGGCCGCGGAGGAGUUUACCAAAAAGAAUGCCGAAAAGCGACCCCAGUAAAUAUGAAUAAAAAAAAACCUGCCAGGAUCUGGCCACAACUGGAAGAACCUUAUCUAUACAAAAUUCUAUAUACAUGGUCUUUAAACUAUUUAUUGCUGUCUUUUGUUGAAAAUUCAAUUAAAUUUAGUAGCUGCUUACACAUAAUCCUAUAAA